CCAUUAGCGCACUAGCUGUGACCUUCCCCCCCCCCCCCACUCUUCCCACCACCGCGCCAUCCCUACAUUCUUAUAUGUACUCAUGUGUGAUCUAUUUAUACGAAAUCCAAAUAAAUCCAAAUUCUAAAAAUAAUUGCAUUCAAUUAUUUUGCAAUAAAAAUAAAGUAUGAAAUGCAUAAAGUUUUAAGAUUUUUAGUCAUAUGUUUGUAAUAAAAUAUUUAAAUAUACAUAGUAUAUUUAACAAUACGUGGCUGUAUUGCAAAGAAUGUCUGAGAAGUGAAAAAUUAAUGCUGUUGGGUGCAACAAUGAACUAUGUAUAUUAAGACUUCAAUGUUCUCGACAAAGGCACGAUUGAUAAAACGCACAGGCAAAAAUGAUGUUGGGCGUUAUGACUUCUUAAAGCUUUUAGCCACUGAAUAUAAGACUACUAAAUCUAGAGACGCGAAGGAGCAAGUAUUGGCAAAUUUGGCAAACUUUGCUUAUGAUCCUAUAAAUUAUGGAUAUAUAAGACAAUUACAAAUAAUUGAUAUAUUUCUUGAUGCUUUGUCUGAAAACAAUCCAAAAUUAGUACGUUUUGCCAUUGGUGGUAUAUGUAAUUUAUGCUUAGAUGCAAUAAAUAAGAUUUAUAUCCUACGCAAUCGAGGUGUUAAGUUAGUAUCAUCGUUACUUUCUUCUCAAGAUGAAGAUAUUGUGCUCUCAGCAAUUUCUACUUUGAUGUUUUUGAUCACACCCGAAUCGAAGAAUGAAAUAAUAUCAGCAGAAAUAAUUAAAUGCAUUGGGUUUUUUAAAAACUAUUCUGUGAAAACCCCUUCAAAAAUAAGAUUAUUUGCUAAUACAACAAUGAACAAUUUGAGAGAAGGCGAUCAAGUGUCAGUUUUCAAAGUGAUAACAAAUGAUGACAUACUCAAAUUUGCUGAAUUAACAGGUGAUUAUAAUCCAAUACAUAUUGACUCAGCAAGAAAAAUUGCACACGGUGCUUUGCUCAAUGGCCUAGUAUCAGGAUUAAUUGGUACAAAAUUACCUGGAGCAGGCACUAUAGUUAUUGAACAAACUCUCACAUUUCCUAAACCAUGUUAUGCUGGUGACUCUGUAGAAGUAAUAGUAAAAAUUGUAUCAGCCAAAAUGUAUUUAGCAUUAGUGAUGAUGGCUCUUUGCAUAUCGUACUCUUAUGCAGAAAAGAACAAUACUGAUACAAAUAUUAUUUCAUCAAAAUCAAGUGAAGAGCCAAUUGGCUGUGUCUGUGGUGUAUUUUUAAGCGGACAAUUUACAAAAGGAAGCAAAGAAGAGCCUAAAGGAUAUCCUGCAAUUUUACAUGAACACCCUGAUUUGCUACCAUGUAAUACUUAUGGAAACAAGCUUUGCACUAGCAAAUGUCUUGAAGCUAUAGUAAAAUAUUUACCAAACAGUCAGACAAUGCUUUGUGCUUCCUUAGAUCGUGAUUGUUACAAAGAAAGAGCUUAUCUUUUUAUCAAAAAUUGCAAGGAUGAAUGGAUAAAUACAAAUCUAUCUGCUGGUAGAGAAUAUUGUUGUAAAGAUGGCUCACCAUAUAAAUGUAAUUAAAGUAAACUUGAGAUUUUUUUCAAAAUAAAAUUAC